AUGGAUCAAAACCCUUCUUCCCAUCUUCUUGCUCUCCCCGUAGAACUCGUCGCGCUCAUCGUCUCGGAUGCAGGCCAGCUCGACCCUCUCAAGCUGUUGAGGAUCACACACAUCUCACGCCGAUUUCGCGAUAUGAUGGGCUCAACGCCAACUUUCUGGAAUCGUAUUGACGCUACGAUCGACUACGAUGCCAGGCUUUCCUUCGAUAAGGUUCUAAAUAGCAUCUCGCACGCGAUCCAAUACUCAGGAACCCUUCCUCUCAACCUCACACUGACCUUGAAAAACGACAUCGAUGUGUCGAACGACGAGCUCCCCCGCCUCGCCAGGCUGCUCUUUGCAAACGGGCAUCGAUGGACGAAGAUCCACAUCGUCUUCGCCUAUGAGGUUCCCAACUCAAUCAUUCCCCACGCCUUGAUCCAGCAUCUCGAUCGUUUGCGCUCGAGGGGUGGUGGUACUACUCCGUUCACCUCUCUGACUGCGGUCGAGGUGACGGCUCUAGGCUCACAUUAUGGAGUAGGGUUCCCGAGGGCGAGGGCGCUGUCGAGAUUGUUUCCUAACCUGCGUGAAUUGAGCUGGGUCAACCGGGGGAGUUACGCCAGCGCGUAUUCGUUCCCCAGUGAACUCUCUUCCCCAAAACUUGAGAAACUAACUCUUGAAGGGCACUUUCUCUCGGCGAUGAGGUUCUUGGACAGUGAUGUUUUGGCUCGUCUUCCAGUUCUGAAGGAUCUUACCAUUGUUUCCUCUGGGUUUUACUUUGAUUGCGCCCCUCGGAGUCCUACUUUGAUUGAGGUUCAUGCGUCUCUGGAGAGUGUGGUUGUUUGUGCUCCUGAUGUCGGUUUAAGCUUGGUUCAGUCGCGAGUUGAUGCAUUGUCAGAGUUCUGUCCUUCUCUUCGAGCUGUGGAGAUAGUGUUAAUUGCUCAGAACUAG